AUGAGGUCUAGAACAGAAGAUGACCUCAAUCCAGAGUUGAUUCAGACUACGCCAGGGUCAGAGGAUUCUAACGCCCCCCCCCCUCACUUCUACUGCUCCAAAAGCCCCUCUCUUCCUCCCACUUCAGUGGGUAGGAGUGAGCAAGGCUCUUUCCACUUGGUUCUGGUCUUUGACAUCUGGCUGAUUUCCGGCCUCUUCUUUCCCCAUCUUCUUGUGACUCUAGGGGAGAAUCCUAAGGAGAGUAAACCCCAAGUGGGGACCACUCGCCAACAGGACAUGAACCGCAGAGACCAACAAAGGAACCUGGGGAGCUCUACCACUCCUGCCAGGCCCAAUCCUGGGGGUGUCCAAGACACCGAGAUGGGCCCAUGCCGCAGACAUCUGGACUCAGUACUACAGCAACUCCAGACCGAAGUCUUCCGGGGAUCUCACACCCUCUAUGUGCCUAAUUGUGACCAAAGGGGCUUCUACCGGAAACGGCAGUGCCGCUCCUCACAGGGGCAGCGCCGAGGUCCCUGCUGGUGUGUGGAUCGGAUGGGCCAGCCCCUGCCAGCAUCCUCGGACAGCAAUGGAGGCUCCUCUUGCUCCACCGGGAGCAGCGGCUAAGGCUGGAUGGGGACCCACAGGGCUGUUGGCAGGAGCAUGGGGCUGUCAUAUUGGGUCAUUUGUUGAGUAAUAAGUAACUCAAGGGCCCUGAGUCCCACAUUCCACCUUCAGGCCCUGCCCUAUUGUCCCCCUCAUCCCUGGGCAUCACACAUGGAAAGAUUGUUGCUGUUGGCUUGGGGUGUUAAUAAAGCUUGGGGGUCUCUGGUCUA